AUGCCCUUCAGACAGCGCAUGGCGCGCCAUUUUGGCGACUCGCUGUCCCCGGAGAAGCAGUACCUCAGCUACUACGACGUGUGCCUGACCGUUGAAGAUGUUAAGAUGCUCAAAAACGACUGGCUCACCGACAACAACAUCGCCUUUUGGGAGGAGUAUCUCGAGCGCGAGACGCUUUCUCGCUAUCCUCAGGCUCACAUCGUCCUGCUUCGGCCUAGCAUGUCAUUUCUCCUUAUGAGGGACCAUGAUCUCAAGUCCGUCAAGACGGCGCUGCCCGACUUCAACAAGGUCACCCACGUCUUCAUGCCCAUCAAUGAUAACACCAACCCGAGUCUUCCAGAGGGCGGUAGCCACUGGUCUCUUCUACUCAUCUCCGUCCUCGACGGCCUUGCCUUUCACUACGACUCGAUGGGCGGCGUGAAUGUCCAGGAGGCACAUCUCGCCACCCGCAAGUUCGGUGACAUCAUGGGCCGCCGAUUCCGCUUCAUCAAUCUGGAUGAUACUCCCCAGCAGGAGAAUGGCAGCGACUGCGGUGUCUUCGUUUGCCUCCUCAUGCGCCACCUCCUGGUGAAGCGCCUUCUCAGCGCCAACGCCCGCGAAAAGGUUUCCAUGAGCAUGUCCGGAAAGAUGGUCGAUAGCAGCGGCGGUCGCAAGGAGAUGCUUCGAAUCAUUGAGAACCUUCGCAAGGAAGGCGAGCGCCGACGAUCGCGAAGCGCGAGCCCUUUUACCAACAACAAGACGCCACCUCGGAUUGAAUAG